CGGAGACGGUGCGCCCCGCGGCCAUCUCCCUCUGGCCUGGGGCCGCAAGGACACCCGCGCGGGGCCUGGACUGGGCCUUGUGCUCCGCGGCUACCCCUCGCGCCCCCUGUGGGUCUUUCCCGCAGUCACCUGCUCCUCGGAUCCUCCGCCUCUUUUUUUUUUCCUGCUGGCCUCUGGUGGAAGGACCUCGGCAGAGGGCAGGGUUCCUCUCCUGCCGCCCUGCCCCCGCCGCCGGGACAGCGCCUUCAUGCAGUAGGCGCUCAGUAAAUACUUGUCGGAUGCACCAACAUGCCGGCGGGCCGGAGCCGGCUGUAGGCUGGUAUUGGCCUGCCUGGGCACGCCGAGGCCGCCGUGGCAGGACCUGUUUUGAGGGGGGUGGCCUCAGCCCUCAGGCGCCUCCACUUGCGGCUUUCUGCCUACCUAGCGACUUCUAAUUUGGGUGGGGCAGGAGCUCCUGGAGUGGGAGCCCCUGUAGAAGCAAUGACAGAAUACAAGCUUGUAGUGGUGGGCGCUGGAGGUGUGGGGAAGAGUGCCUUGACCAUCCAGCUGAUCCAGAACCACUUUGUGGAUGAGUAUGAUCCCACCAUAGAGGACUCUUACCGGAAACAGGUAGUUAUUGAUGGGGAGACAUGUCUACUGGACAUCUUGGACACAGCAGGCCAAGAGGAGUAUAGUGCCAUGCGGGACCAGUACAUGCGCACAGGGGAGGGCUUCCUCUGUGUGUUUGCCAUCAACAAUACCAAGUCCUUUGAAGACAUCCAUCAGUACAGGGAGCAGAUCAAGCGGGUGAAGGACUCGGACGAUGUGCCAAUGGUGCUGGUGGGGAACAAGUGUGACCUGGCUGCUCGUACUGUCGAGUCUCGGCAGGCCCAGGACCUUGCCCGCAGCUACGGCAUCCCCUACAUUGAAACAUCAGCCAAGACCCGGCAGGGUGUGGAGGAUGCCUUCUACACGCUAGUGCGUGAGAUUCGGCAGCAUAAAUUACGGAAGCUGAACCCACCAGAUGAGAGUGGCCCUGGCUGCAUGAGCUGCAAAUGUGUGCUAUCCUGACGCCAGGCUCAGGACGUGGAGGUGCCGGAUGCAGGGAGGAGGUACAGACGGAAGGAAGGAAAGAGGAGGGAAGGAAGGAAGCGAUGCUGGAGCCCAGCCAGCCCAGGGAUGGUGGACAGAGGUGAACAAGACCUUCGCAUGGACAAUUUGAACAGACUGUCAUGAACUAUCCCUAUUUCCACUGGCACCCCAGUCCUCAACUUCUCCCAGCUCCCUCUGGGGCCCCUGUUGGGCAGAUUGAAUCACAGUAAAUUAUUUGAUGGGGUUGA